AUGUCCCAAGAAUUACAACAAUACAUAAACAAUAAAACUAACAAAAACAAAAUCAGAUAUUUGGAUAUUUCCAAUAACGAUUUAGUUGGUAAUGCUGACCUAAAAGACUUUACUGCUUUAACUUCUCUCAAUGCUUACAAUAACCAGUUAGAAAGCAUUGAAUUCCUAAAUACUUUGCCAAAUAAAGAAAAAUUAACCAGCCUUAACUUCUUUGGCAACCAAAUAAGCGAAGCCAAGAACCUCCAAAAUCUAACUAGUGAACAGUUUAAUAAAUUAGUGGUGGGUAUGAAAGAUAAAAGUAUUCAAAUAAAUUCUUAUAAAAGCACGAUUUUAAUGGAUUUAUUGGAAUAUACUCAGCAUUUAAUAAAAAGUGGCGAUAAUUCCCAAAGACAACAGGCUCAGCAAUUACAAGCUAUUUUACAAAAUAGUCAAGUAAAGAGUGAGCAAAAACCAAAUAAUCCUAAAAUUCCUUUACUAAUUGGCGGAGGAGUGGUUUUAGUAGGUUUAGCAUUAGGAAUUGGAGAGAUUUUGCGAGAGGAACUGCUAAUACCCCGCAAUAUCAGUCCUCAAGAAUUAGCUACUGCCUUAAAAGUCCCCAAAGAACAAAUUCAAUGA